AUGUCUCCUCUCUGGUGGAUUUGGUUGGCAUUUUGCCUCUUGGAAUGUGUGGUGGCAAUUUAUUUAAAUUCCUACAUUGUCUUCUUCCAUGGGAGAAGCCUGACAGAAGGUGGUAAGAGGAACCCGGUGAGCCUCAUCCUCAUCGUCAUGGGAAUAAAUAAAAUGGCCAUGAAAUGUACAUGGAUUGUAAAUGAUUUGAAGUUUUGGUUACCAGAUAUUUUUGAUUCCCUUUCUUCAGUUGUUCUUCUUUCCUUCCACAUACAUUUUAGCUACUGGCUGACGGCCUGGCUCUCCAUCUACUACUCCAUCUUCAUCACCAACUUCAGCCAUCAAAUGUUUCUCUGGAUUAAAAGAAAUCUGUUGGCUUUCCUGCCUCAGGUGCUCCUCCUGACGGGAGUCGUGUCACUGGCCAUAGCUCUUUCAUAUAUGUGGAGUCAUAAGGUGCCCUCCCCCAUACAUUAUUCUACGAAUGGGACACAGAAUGUAAGUUCUAUUGUUGAAGAUGUUUCCCUUAUGUCUUUUUAUUUGAUCGUUAGUAUCAGCCUUGGCUCCUGCCUUUCAUUUACUGCCAUUGCCAUCUCCCUCGUGGUCUCCCUGUCAUCUCUUCUGAAGCACGUGAACAACAUCAGCCGGUCUGGUUUCAAUGUUCAGGUCCAUGUCACCCUCAUAAAAUCAAUGGCCGUGUUCCUCAUUCUCUCAGUCUUGUCCUUCUUCUGUUACCUGAUUAAUUUCAUAAAAAUGUUUAAGGCUCCAGAUCCUUUGUAUGUUGUCAUCCAGUUACUGAUGCUGAUCAUUCCAACAAUGGAAUCCGUAGUCAUUAUCAUAGCAAGUCCAAAACUGAGGAAGAACAUCCUGGGCUGA